UGCUGCUGUGAAUUAGAAGAGCGGAACAGGAGCGAUCUUUUCACAAUGGCCCGUAAACUUAGUGCGCAGUCGGAGAACAUUCUCUUCGCUAUCCAUUCCAAAGACCAGUCGUACCUUUCGAUCAGGGGCCAACCGGAGAACUCAUGACGGAAACCGGCCGUGUAAGGAGGAGUGCGUCCAAGAUGGUGAAUUCGCUCGUCUGGACGGCCGAGGAAGCCAAGUUCCUCAAGGCCGUUCUCCGCUGGCAAGCGAGCGCUCCUCCAUCAGAGGAUGAGAAGCGACGCCGGCUAUGGGCCGAGGAAGACGCCAUGCGGAGGCGGAGACAGCAGCAGCAGGCACAGGCAAAACCAGUUGGCGAGUUUCGCGUCCUCGUCAUCGGCGGGCGGGGGACGGGCAAGACGGCCAUCCUGACUCGAUUCGGCCAAGACACCUUCCGCGGGGAAAGCGGGUCGCCCGACCCCUUUUAUGAGCACGGCUGCCGACACCCCAUCACGCUCAGCACAACGACCACGACAAACACCAAAACAAACCAGCUUCACUCCCCGACACAACCCCAGACCCAGACGUACAUGGUCGACGCUCUCGAAAUGCCCUCCAAGCAGCUCGUCAGCAACCCCAUGAUCGAACAGGCCCUCGCCAUCACCGAAGCCGCUGUGCUCGUCUACGACGUGUGCGACGCCGCCUCAUUCCGCCUGGCCCAGAAUCUGGCUGAGUUUAUGCGCGAGCAUUUCACCGCUUCCUCUUCCUCUCCACCCGGGGCCACUCCGGCAGUCAAAGCAGCCUCGCCAGGUGACCUGGGCAGAAGGCUCCAAAGCCGCGGCACGCAUGGCCAUGCCCGGAUGCAGUUCGGCGCUCGGUGUGGCCUUCCUCGAGGUGUCGGCCAAGACGGGGGAAAACGUCGACCAGAUCUUUCCGGCGGUGGGCAGGGAGAUCCUGAGGAUGAGGCGGCUUGUCGCGCAGCAACGGGAACAGCAGGCUGAGAGGGCCAUGAAGAUGCUCCAGGAGGCUAGACAAAGUCCGGUUGGUAGAGACGAGAAGAGGGAGGUGGGUCACGGAGGCAGA